CGCGUUUUGCAAAGAGAAGACUGUAGUGUUGAGUCGAGUCUUGCUCCUCCUUCUUCUCCAUCAUUUCCAUCGUCUUUUCCCCUCAACACCACAAGAUUAGGGUUUUCAGAAAAACCCUUUCUUCUUCUUCUCUUCAACGCCACUCCAAAAGCGGGGCGGAAGCGUUUCUCCGUUCAAUUGGUUCGCGUCCACUGUGAAAUGUUUUCUUCUUCUCAUUGCAGUUCAUUGAUCAAAUGGAAUUCCCUCGCGCAAUUUCUCUUCCUCGUCUUCCUCCUCUACCUCUGCCCAAACGACGCCGUUUCGCCCGAUUCGGACAAAUCCGCGCUCCUCCGCCUCAAGUCCUCGGUCUCCGACCCCGCCGGCCUCCUCUCCACGUGGACCGUCACCGGAGGCGGUGACUCCGGCAACUCUGGUCACUGCACCUGGUCCGGCGUCCUCUGCGACGGAAACUCCCGCGUCGUCGCCGUCAACUUCACCGGAAACGGUGCCGGUAACCGGUCCUCUCACCCGUGCGCUGAUUUCGCUCAGUUCCCUCUCUACGGAUUCGGGAUUCGGAGAAUCUGCGACGGUAGUAACGGUUCUCUGUUCGGGAACGUUUCUUCUUUAAAUAUCGUCAGCGAGCUCACGGAGCUUAGGGUUUUGUCUCUCCCGUUCAACGCGUUGGAGGGUGAGGUCCCCGAAGGAAUUUGGGGCAUGGAGAAGCUAGAGGUUCUCGAUUUAGAAGGGAAUUUGAUAAGUGGCUAUCUUCCUUUUCGAAUCAGCGGGUUGAGGAAUUUGAGGGUUCUGAAUCUCGGGUUUAACGAAAUUGUUGGGGAGAUUCCGAGCUCGAUUGAAUCUCUUGAGAGUUUGGAGGUUUUGAAUUUGGCUGGUAAUGCCUUGAAUGGUUCUGUGCCUGGUUUUGUUGGGAGGCUUAGAGGGGUGUAUCUGUCGUUUAACCAGCUUAGUGGGGCUAUUCCGCGUGAGAUUGGGGAGAAUUGUUGGAAGCUUGAACAUUUGGAUUUGUCUGGGAAUUCCAUGGUUGAGAAGAUUCCGGGGAGUUUGGGGAAUUGUGGGAGGUUGAGGACGCUUUUGUUGUAUUCCAAUUUGUUGGAAGAGGGUAUUCCGGUUGAGCUUGGGAAGCUUAGGAGUCUUGAGGUGUUGGAUGUUUCCAGGAACACUCUCAGUGGUUUCGUGCCGAGGGAGCUUGGGAAUUGCUCGGAGUUGGCUGUUCUUGUGCUGUCAAAUUUGUUUGAUCCGCGCGGAGAUGUUGUGGGGAGAAUGGUUGGUGUGAAUGACGAGUUGAAUUAUUUUGAAGGGGCAAUGCCUGUGGAGGUUUUGGCCCUUCCGAAGUUGAGGAUAUUGUGGGCUCCCAUGGUGAAUUUGGAAGGCGAUUUUCGGGGGAGUUGGGGAGGUGGGUGUGAGAGCUUGGAGAUGGUCAAUUUGGCUCAGAAUUUUUUCAGUGGGGAGUUUCCGAACCAGCUUAGUAUCUGCAAGAGGCUGCAUUUUCUUGAUUUGAGCUCGAAUAACCUUACCGGGGAGCUUUCUGAAGAGCUUCAUGUUCCCUGUAUGACUGUGUUUGAUGUUAGUGGGAACAUGUUGUCUGGUUCUGUUCCUGAUUUCACCGACAACAUUUGUGCCCCUGUUCCUUCCUGGAAUGGAAAUCUGUUUAAAGCUGACAGCGUUUCCCCUCCGUAUGCAUCCUUUUUUUUGUCGAAGGUUCGUGAGAGAUCGCUUUUCACAUCAAUAGGGGGAGCUGGUAUUUCUGUUGUUCACAACUUUGGGCAAAACGGUUUUACUGGCAUUCAGUCAUUGCCAAUAGCACGUGACAGGCUGUGGAAGAAGAGCAGUUACACACUUCUUGUGGGAGAAAAUAACCUUGCAGGCCCAUUUCCUACAUAUUUAUUUGAGAAAUGUGAUGGAUUAAAUGCAUUGCUUUUAAAUGUUAGUUAUAAUAGGAUAUCUGGUCAAAUUCCUUCAAAUUUUGGUGGAAUAUGCAGAUCAUUAAAAUUUUUGUACGCGUCUGGCAAUCAACUUGGAGGACAGAUUCCCCAUGAUUUAGGUAAUUUGGUCUCUCUCGUAUCUCUGAACCUCAGUAGGAAUCAGUUACAAGGCCAGAUUCCCGCCACCCUUGGCCAGAUGAAGAAUCUGAAGUUUCUUUCUUUAGCUGGUAACAAGUUAAAUGGCUCAAUUCCUACCAGCCUGGGGCAGUUGUACUCUUUGGAAGUCUUGGACCUUUCUUCGAACUCUCUUACUGGUGAGAUUCCAGAGGCUGUUGAGAACAUGAGAAAUCUGACCGAUGUUUUGCUCAAUAACAACAAUCUUUCUGGACACAUUCCUGGUGGGUUGGCAAAUGUCACUACACUCUCAGCAUUCAAUGUGUCUUUCAACAACUUAUCUGGGUCCUUGCCUUCGCAUAGUAGCUUGAUUAAGUGCAGCAGUGCUGUUGGGAAUCCGUUACUAAGUCCCUGCCGUGGAGUUUCUCUGACUGUGCCAUCAGGGCAACUAGGGUCGAUUGAUGACAACUCUUAUAAUACAGCAGCAGCACCAGCUACUGGCAAAAAGAGUGGGAAUGGCUUUAGUUCUAUUGAAAUAGCUUCCAUAACUUCUGCUUCGGCCAUUGUUUCGGUUCUUAUAGCCCUUAUUGUUCUAUUCUUUUACACACGGAAGUGGAAGCCUAGGUCCCGGGUUGUUGGUUCUACUAGAAAAGAAGUUACAGUGUUUACUGAUAUUGGGGUCCCAUUGACGUUUGAAACUGUUGUCCAAGCCACAGGAAAUUUCAAUGCUGGCAACUGUAUUGGGAAUGGAGGUUUUGGGGCAACAUAUAAGGCAGAGAUAUCCCCAGGAAUCCUGGUGGCAGUGAAACGUCUGGCUGUUGGACGUUUCCAAGGUGUUCAACAAUUCCAUGCAGAGAUUAAAACCCUUGGGAGGCUUCAUCAUCCGAAUCUCGUCACUCUCAUUGGUUAUCAUGCUUGUGAGACAGAGAUGUUUCUCAUAUACAAUUAUUUGCCAGGUGGUAAUCUUGAAAAGUUCAUCCAGGAGAGGUCCACAAGAGCUGUGGAUUGGAGAAUUCUUCACAAGAUUGCCUUGGACAUAGCCCGCGCACUCGCAUAUCUGCAUGAUCAGUGUGUUCCUCGUGUUCUUCAUCGCGAUGUCAAGCCCAGCAACAUCUUGCUGGAUGAUGAUUUCAAUGCUUAUCUAUCCGACUUUGGUUUGGCUAGACUUCUGGGAACUUCAGAGACACAUGCUACCACUGGUGUAGCUGGAACAUUUGGGUACGUCGCUCCGGAAUAUGCCAUGACGUGCCGCGUUUCUGACAAGGCUGAUGUGUAUAGCUAUGGAGUGGUGCUUCUAGAGUUGCUCUCAGACAAGAAGGCACUGGACCCUUCAUUUUGUUCUUAUGGAAAUGGCUUCAACAUAGUGGCAUGGGCAUGCAUGCUGCUGAAGCAAGGGAGGGCAAAGGAGUUUUUCACUGCUGGGUUGUGGGAAGCAGGACCUGGAGAUGAUUUGGUGGAAGUGCUUCACUUGGCAGUUGUGUGUACUGUAGACUCUCUCUCUACCAGACCUACAAUGAAACAGGUUGUGAGAAGGCUUAAGCAACUUCAACCAGCAUCAUGCUAGCUAUAGCCCCUCGUUGUGUGGCUGUGUUACCUUUAACAUUAUUAUUAAUCUUAGAAAUAUCCCUUUGUAAUUUGUAAUUUAGCAUUUUUGUGGAUUUAGGCUGAGUUCCCAAUUUGUACUUAUUCCUCCCUUGUACAUUGUUAUAUAGUUAUAGCCCCAAUUUUCCAUGCUCUUUUUCUUUAUUAGGUUAGGGGGCUUGGUGUUGAUUCUGCAGAAGAAUGCAGAUAUUUGAUCUCCCCGCCAUACACGCCUAUUCCAUCUCUAUUUGUUCAAUAAAAUUAAAGAAUAGAAUCUGUUUCUUGAAUUUUU